AUGUACAUUGACGGCCAUGCGCGCGUACUACCAGACCUGGGAGGCAACAUCAACAGCAGCACGCUCACGGCCUCGGAGCGCGAUCGGCAAUUGCAGGACAUGAUGGACGCCAUGGUCCUCGUGCCCGAUGCAGACGACGACGAGAUGCAGCAAGCGGCCCACGUCGACGGGCUUGAGUGCACCCUCAUGCCGCAUCAGGUCGCGGGCCUCGUCUGGAUGAAGCAACGCGAGGCUGGCAGGUACAAGGGCGGCAUCCUCGCCGACGACAUGGGCCUUGGCAAGACCGUGCAAAUGCUCGCACUCCUCGUGACCAACUCGCCAAAGAAGGCUGACUCGACGGUGGGGUACGUGCGCCAGACGGACGACCGCGACGCAUACAGAGGUGCCGCGCCAAAGAAGAAAGCGGACAAGGCCAACAAGGCUGCUGCUACAGCCACGGACGCACAGGACGCAGCCGAGGACCGCGGUCAGAAGCUUGCGCUGCGGAGCAGGACGACGCUCAUCCUUGCGCCCCUGGCUGUGAUCCGGCAGUGGGAACGCGAAGCAAAGGAGAAGGUCAAGCCACGGCUCAAGGUCCUCGUCCACCACGGGCCCCAGCGUGCCAAGGACGCCUCAGCAUUUGCCAUGUACGACGUCGUCAUCUCGACGUACACCACUGCCUCGUCUGAGUGGAGCAACGUCGUUGGCUCGAGAGAGGAGGAGCAGGAGGAAGCUGGCAAGGACAGCUCUGAAUCGAGCGACGAACUCGACUCGGACGACUCGGACUCGGACACAGACUCGCAGGCGAAGAGGGCAAGGGAACGGCAGCAGGAGAAGAAGAAAGCCAUCAAAAAGAACCGGAGCAAGAAGAGUGCCGCGCCCCUCUUUGACGCCCACUGGCUCCGUGUCGUCCUGGACGAGGCACAGAACAUCAAGAACCACAAGACAAAGGCGGCGCAGGCCUGCGUGGCCCUCGGUUUGCGCGCCCACGCCAGAUGGUGCCUGUCGGGCACGCCGAUCCAGAACGAUGCGUUUGAGAUGUUCAGUCUGAUCCAGUUCCUCGGCAUCCCGCCGUUUGACAGCUACGACCUCUUCAAGGAAAAGAUCGGCGACCCGCUCAAGUCGACGAACCAGAACCGCGUCAACUGGGGCAUGAAGCGCCUCUGCAUCGUGCUGCAGACGAUUAUGCUGCGCCGCACAAAGGAUGCCACGACGGACGAGGGCAAGCCGCUGCUCGAGCUGCCCCGCCGCACGAUUGAGGUUGUCGAGCGCGACUUUGACGACGAUGACGAGCGGCACUUUUACCGCGAGCUGGAGCAGCGUGCGCGCGAGAAGCUGGAGCGGGAGCAGCAGGGCAGCAAGACGGGCAAGGUCAACCAUAUGGUUACGCUCCUCAUGCUCCUCCGCCUCCGCCAGGCGUGCAGCCACCCGGCGCUGACGAUGCGCGACCUCGACGCCGACGAAGCCAAGGCGCCCGUGCCCGACAAGCGGCCUGGCGAGGAGGAGCAGGACGAUGGAGACGACUCAAACGGCGAGGCGGGGGGCGACGACGACGGCGGUCUUGCCGAUCUGUUGUCCGGCCUCACCGUCCAGGCCAAGCCCAAGUCUGAGGAGGAGAAAGCGCUGGCGGCGGAUGAGCAAGGGAAGACGGCAGACUGGCGCUCGCCCGGGCGCGCCUCGACGAAGAUCCGCAUGAUGCUCUCGCUCAUCGAUGCGUGCCCACGCUCCGAGAAGCUGAUCGUCUUUUCGCAGUUCACCUCCUUUAUGGACCUCGUCGAGCCAUUCCUGCGCGAUGCGGGCCACACGCACGUCCGCUACGACGGCCGCAUGCGGCCUGCCGAUCGGGAGCGGGCGCUGGAGCGGAUCCGCGACGACGCCGAGACGCGCAUCAUCCUCGUCAGCUUCAAGGCCGGCAGCACGGGCCUGAACCUGACGUGCUGCAGCCGCGUCAUCCUCAUGGAUCUCUGGUGGAACCCGCAGAUCGAGGAGCAGGCCUUUGAUCGCGCCCAUCGGCUGGGGCAGGAGAAGGACGUCGUCAUCUACAAGCUCUCGAUUGCCAAUUCGGUCGAGGAACGCAUCCUGGCGCUCCAGGAGAAGAAGCGGGCGCUGAGCAAGGCCGCGCUCGAGGGCAGCAAGUUCUCCAAGAAGUCGGGCGCAAACAAGCUCGACCACAAGGAGCUCCUCUACCUCUUUUCGGGCAACGUUGCCUUCUGA